AUGCCAUCAACAGUGGUUACCAGUCAUGGGGACCCCUCUUUGGUAAGCUCUUCUUUGCCUUUGGGUGAUUGUGCAUUAUAUCCCUUCCUCAAAGGUCUCAUGGGACGCCAGAACCGUACUCCUACCAUUGUCAUCGUGUGGUCGAUUCUGCUUGCUUCAAUUUUCUCUUUGUUAUGGGUGAGGGUUGAUCCCUUUACCACAAGAGUCACUGGUCCAGAUGUUGAGCAGUGUGGAAUCAACUGCUAG